UAUUGCUGUACACUUCUAUUUCGGAGCAAAACAUAAAAUGAGUUUACCCCUAACUUAAGUGACACAAAGGACAACUCAUUCGGGCCAUUUGCCCAAUUCAACAAGUCGCUUGCAAAGACCCAAAAUCUAUGGCACAGGUGCUGAGCCUACGAGUUUCAACCCCAGCACCACCGCACAACCACCACCGCACCACCUCAUCUUUGACCCGGCCGGCACUGCUAACUGCUCCUUCCUCCACCGCCGGAAGCAGUUUCCGUUCCUUACAACACAAACUCCAAUGCAAUGGCAGAUUUUUUUGCCUCUUCUCUGAUAAUCGCAAACAGGACGAAGCUAGAAAAGCUUUAGAAAGUGCUUUGGGAGGAAAGAAAAGUGAGUUUGAGAAAUGGGAUAAAGAAAUUAAACGAAGGGAGGAAGCAGGUGGAGGAGACAACUCAGGUGGAGGCGGUUGGUUUAAUUGGCGUAGAUGGUUUGGUGGCUCGGACGAUGGUCAUCUUUGGCAGGAAGCCCAACAAGCAACCCUUGCUAUUUUGGGUAUUAUUGUCAUGUACUUGAUAGUUACAAAAGGAGAUGUGAUACUUGCUGUGAUAUUCAACCCUCUGCUGUUCACUCUACGUGGAGCAAGGAAUGGGUUUACCUCUGUAACGUCACAGAUUAUGAGAAAGGUAUAUCCUGCUAGCCAAGACAGCUUUGGCACCAUAUCUCCAGAAGAAGUUCCUUCUCGUGUUUCUGCCAAAGAGACCGUAGCAAGAAAAUGGGGAAGCGAUUAAUCACUCGUUCACCAGCAAGUACUUUUCUUCUCCUUGUGUUCUGAUAUUUUUAGUGCUUUUGGUUAGCUUGCUUUUUCAUUCAGUGUGGGGAGAAAAGGCCUCCCGAUGGUGCUUUUACGAAAUUAUGGUCAUUGGUGGCUAAUACCUUCUCGAGACUAUCGAACCUGAAAUCCACUCACCAUCACUCUUUUAGGUUGUGGCAUAAUAUAGAAAGAGCACUAGGUGGAGAUUGUUUCAUUAGCUUCUUGUUGAUUUGAUCUUAACAUUUUGAAAUGGAAAUAUACAAAAAUUUUGUAAUACAUUAAGUUACUAGUAAUUGUGUCAUAUUUUCAUA